CAGGUACGAGGAGCUCACCAACCUGAUCCGCUCCAUCCGCAACGCCAUGAAGAUCCGCGACGUCAGCCGCUGCCUCGAGGAAUUUGAGCUGCUGGGCCGGGCCUGGGCCAAGGCCAAGGGCGUGGUGGAUCGGGAUGGGGUUCCCAGGUUCUACCUGCGCAUCCUGGCCGACCUGGAGGAUUACCUGAACGAGCUGUGGGAGGACAAGGAGGGGAAGAAGAAAAUGAACAAAAACAACGCCAAGGCCUUGAGCUCCCUGAGACAAAAACUGCGCAAAUACAACCGGGACUACGAGGGGCAGAUCGCGGCCUACAGACAG